AUGUCCGGAUGCUGCGGCGGUGGCAGUAAUUACUCCGUGUGCUGCUACAGCAGCCCCAAGACCUGCAAGAGGCCCAUGUGCUGCAGCCCCAUGCAGUGCUGCAGCCCCUGCUGCACCCCCUGCUGCAUGCCCAUGCAGUCCUGCUGCAUGCCCAUGUCCUGCUGCUACACCAUCAGCAGCAACAACGGCGGCUGCUGCGGCGGCAACAACGGCGGCUGCUGCGGUGGCAACUGA